UUUUGAUGUAUAGUUAGGGAACUUGGUAGGUUUUGAAACAGCCUGAGUCUGUGCGUGCAUGUCUGCUAUUUUAACCCAUAACAACACUGUUUCAUUUAACAGACCAGCAAUAUAGCUCACACAUUUAAACGUAAAAGUAAUCACCCAUUUGAAAACGUAUUUUGUGCCUCUCAACUUGCAUUUUAAAAAUUUAAUAAUUACAGUAAUCAUUUAAACGUAGACUUAGCUAGUGUAGCUAGCUCACAGAUUCAUGGAGUGUCCUCACCUCAACUCCAGUGUCUGCAUGACAGUGGAUCUCACCCGGUUCCCCAACGGUUCCCCUUCUUCAUGGUGCUGUUCCGUUUGCCGGUCAAACAAAAGCCCUUGGGUUUGCCUGACGUGUAUGAACGUGCAUUGUGGACGGUAUGUUAAUGGCCAUGCCAAAAAGCAUUUUGAAGAGAUUGAAGCUCCAGGUUGCAGCCAAAGGAAGCCAGACAGAGAAAAGUUGAGGGAGAAGGGUCAACAGCACUCUGUGUGUAUGGACUGUAACAGUUAUAGCACAUUCUGUUAUAAAUGCGACGAAUUUGUGGUGAAUGACACAAAACUUGGGCAUGUGCAGAGGGUCAGAGAACAUCUACAGAGUUUGGAGAACUCUGUGUGUAAUACCGACAGACAGAGAAAGAGAAAAAUGUCUGAAAGUUUUUCUCCUGACAGCAAGAUGAAGCAAGACAGUGAGGGCGCUCUAGUGCAAUGUGCCACAGGCCUUCGCAAUCUGGGCAACACCUGCUUUAUGAAUGCCAUUCUCCAGUCUCUGAGUAAUAUCCAAGUUUUCAGCUGUUAUUUCAAGGAGUUGCCUUCAGUGGCCUUACGAAGUGGGAAAACGGCAGGAAGGAGAAUGUACCACACCAGAAGUCAGGGGGACAGCAGUGUAUCUCUGGUUGAAGAGUUCAGAAAAACCCUGUGUUCGCUUUGGCAAGGAAGUCAGACUGCCUUCAGCCCAGAUGCUCUCUUUUAUGUCAUCUGGAAAAUAAUGCCAAGUUUCAGGGGCUACCAACAACAGGAUGCACAUGAGUUCUUGCGUUACCUGCUGGACCAUCUCCACCGAGAGAUGCAGGGAAACAAGAAUGGGUCACCCAGUCCUCCUGUGACCUCCGAUGAACCCAAUCAUGCCUCCGAGAGCAAAUGCUUCAUAAAUGGGACAUCCACUAUUGUUACAUCUGUGUUUGGUGGCGUUCUACAGAAUGAGGUGUAUUGCUUGAUAUGCGGCACGGAGUCUCGGAAAUUUGAUCCAUUCUUAGAUCUUUCACUCGACAUUCCCAAUCAGUUCAGAAUCAAAACCACAAAGGACCAAGAACCGGGGCCAACGUGCACUUUGAGUGAUUGUCUUCGUAGUUUCACAGACCUUGAGGAGCUCGAUGAAACAGAGCUAUACAUGUGUCAUAAGUGUAAAAAGCGACAGAAGUCCACCAAGAAAUUCUGGAUCCAGAAACUGCCCAAGGUGCUUUGUCUACAUUUGAAGAGGUUCCACUGGACAGCAUUUCUGAGGAAUAAGGUUGACACCUAUGUAGAGUUUCCCAUGUGUGGCCUUGACAUGAAAAGCUACUUGUUAGAGCCUGAAAACAGCUUGCCUGAGAGAUGUCUGUAUGAUCUUGCUGCUGUUGUGGUGCAUCAUGGGUCUGGAAUCGGCUCAGGACAUUACACAGCAUAUGGGCGCCACGAGGGCCAAUGGUACCAUUUCAAUGACAGCACGGUCACUCUGGUCAGUGAGGAGGCUGUGCUGAAAGCCAAGGCUUACAUUCUCUUUUAUACUGAACACAGUGAUCGGGAGAGUCAGUCCAAGCUUUAAGACUUUUUUUCAGAUCAGCUCAGUCAGUUGUUGUCAGUUGUUGGAUCUUCGUAUGUAUCAUCUGUCUAAUGUUUUAUGCUAUCCAGUUAUGAUUUCUACGUUACAAAACCUCAGUAAAAACCGAAUUGCUGCUUAUAUUUUAACUUGAUGACUUUUUCAUUAAACAGACACAAUUUUUUUUUUUCACAUAAUGCCACCAGUUUAAAAAAUUGUGUAAAAAGAUUCCAAAAGCUAUUCCUCAAGAUACUGUUUUUUUUGUGAUGAAAAAAGACUUAAAUUGACUUUGAAUAUAAAAUGUCUUAGUUGAUUUUUAAAAAAUAUUAUUCCAUCAGCUAAAAAAAUGCUGUCAAAUUUCUAUCAGACACUGAUGUCUCCUUAUGCCAACAUACUGCUUGCUGCUCCUGAAAAAUGUAUUUCUGUUCAGCUCAGAAAUUCGUUAUUGUCCUCUAAGAGUGCUGAUGAUCAAGUUUGAUGUGGAGGUCUUUCUGAACCAAAACUUGAAAAUUUUCAUUUUACUUGACAAACAAGUAGUUAUUGGUAUCGCAAAGCAGUAGUUGACUCAGUCACAGCUUUCACAUCUAUAUUGUAAAAAUCACUUCUGAGAAUGGUCCAGUAGCUCACAUGUUUCUUGAAAAUGUUUGACCAACUGUACAGUUUGUAUUCUUUUAGAAUUAAAGGGAUGCACACUGUGUAAAAGUUGA